GUCAACGAGCCUGUCACACAGGGCCUGAUGCCCCUGCACUACGCCGUCUGGCAGAGGUAUUACGAGGCGGCUCAACUUUUAUUAACCAGAGGUGGUGACGUUAACGCCACAGACGAGUGCGGAUACAGUCCUUUGCACUUGUCGGCAGAACACGGAUACACGGAAGUGGUCCGUCUGCUGCUUAAAUCGGGCGCCAAGGUGGACUACAGGCCCAACACGGACGAAGACUUCCCCCGCACCACGCAAUGCGACGAACCCCUCAGACUGGCCAUCAGGAACAAGCACAUGGAGAUCGCCAGGAUGCUGCUGGAGCACGGCGCCGACCCCAACAAGCGAUACUUUUUCGGCGCCGAAAUCAACCUUGUUACGGACCUGGAAUUUUUGGAACUGCUCCUCACAUUCGGCGCGAAUCCCGACAGCAGGGACAGGUCCGGACUGACCCCCCUGAUGAAGGCCGUCCGCCAACCCCAGGGGAUGGAGGCCGUGCUAUUGUUGUUAAAAUAUGGAGCGGACGUAAAUGCUAUUGCAGACGAGAGGCACGACUAUAGAACCGUGUUACACUACGCAGUCUUAUCCGGAAACUACGAAAUCAUCAACUUGAUCAUAAAACAGGGCGCCAAACUUAACUACGACGAGGAGUACGACUUGGGCAAACCCAGCCCGCUAGAUUUGGCCAUUCUCAAGGGCGACCCGAAGAUCGUGGAACUGCUGAUCAGAUCAGGGUCUGACGUCAAUUGCAGUUCUCCGAUAAUAGGAUCCCCGUUACACGUAGCAUGCGCAGACAACAUCCCCAACAGAUUCGACAUAUUACAGAUGCUCCUGAAGGCGGGGGCGGACCCGAAUCUGAAGGUGUUCAGCGACGACCUGGACCGGAAUUCUCAGUUGAGACCCGUCCUGGUGGAAUAUCUGGCCAGUAACGAACACCCCAGCCUGGCGGUCGUGCAUCUGCUGUUGCAGUACGGGGCGAGGGUGGUGAUGAAGACUCAGUUCAGGGACCCCGACGGCAUGCUGAACUCGCUCCACAACGUCAUAUCCGACAACUGCGACUCGAUAUUCUUCCUCCUGCUGGAGUCGUGCGAGUCCUUCGACCCGUGCAUGAUCCGGAGAAACAACGUGAUGUCCCCCGACCAGAAGACCGCCCUGCUGGAGCUGGCCAAGUACCCCCAGUCGCUGAAGAGGCAGGUUAGGCUCUACUUGAGGAGGAUGCUGGGGGCCGGACUGAUGUACGCCGUGUCCGACUUCGAGCUGCCCAGGUCCCUGGCCAAAUAUUUGCUCUUCGACUACAGUUGAGGUCGCGGAGGGCGGCGCGACCCCUUGUGAUUUCAUUGGUGAUACUCCGGUUCGGCACGGACCGGAAAUUGUCUCGAGAUUGGUGGUUACCCUUCUGCGUAUAUUGUUCGUUUGGUUUCCGUACAGGAAGUAGAUGGUCUUCUGGCCACAGGGUGUGUCUUUAACACUACUAACGUUUGGGAGUUGUUUGUGGAGAGAGAAUUAUUAACCGCUAACACUGACUGGGUUUGUCUACAUAUGUAUCGGUACUAACAGGUAACGCGUGUAGUCCUCUUAUAUUUUUUCUUGUCCCCACUAGAUAACCGUAACAGGUAUCAGUACUAAGAUGUAUCCUUUUUAAGUUGUGGAUAUUGCGGAAAUUAUUUUAAUUGCAACGUUUCACUAAUAUUUAACGUGUAUUAAAACUACUAGCACCCCUUAGCUGCAGUUCCUCCUUAAGGAAAGCAUUGAUUUUAUUUAUUUUUGUUAAUAGCACUUUUGUUUUAUUUUUUUAAUUACUAACCUAACCUAACACAACAUAAAUUUACUUCGUAAUAUUUAACUAAUAUAACUUAUAACAAAAUGUUAAACAUGUAAUUUUAAUAAAUAUCAACGUAAUCCCUAAAAGUGAAUAAUAUUAAUAUUAUUAACAGUGUGUGUUUUUCUGUAUAUUACUGAUGAACUAACGCGGCUCGAAAUUGAUAGUCUUUAUACAAUAUUUUGAGUUACUAACAUUAUCUAACGGCUAAAGUGGUCAGAAGAAUCGUCACAGCGUAUUGGGUUGCCUGAGAACUAGCAGUUUGUUGAUGUUGAUGCACUGAAAAAAAAAUUGUAUGCACUAGAGCUUCCAGGUCACUGAACUUGACUGAUUAAAUGCACAAUAUAAACGUUGCAAUCGAUACUGCGCAUAAAAGAAGACAUGGCAAGAAUCGACGAUCGAUUGUCGAUGUUUUGUUUCUCUUUCCUUCCAACACGAAGUCUCAGUAGUAUCAGGAUUCGGGGACAAUUUAGAAAUUGACCACUGGGGUUACUAUACAGGGUGUUUCUGAAAUAAGUACGUUCCUGGAAGAGGGUGAUAGAAGGCUCGAAAUUAAGCAACUUUUAUUAAGGGAACUGAUGAUCUAAAACACGUUUUGAAAAAAAAAUUCAAAUGAGGCACCUGUAAGGUCUUUCCGAUACCGAAGUCAGUUGAACAUGUAUAAAAACGCCUAGCAAUAAAAUUUAAUGAAUUACAUGGGCGUCACAAAAAAGUUU